AUGACCGAUUCUUCUGAUUCCUUGGGUCAGAUUCAAGCCAUCCGUCGUUCGGUUACUCUCCCCACGAAGUUAAUCUCGCAGUCGACACGCGGUUCGGGCGCGCCAAAUCCAAGCCAUGCAGACAACGUCAUUUUCUAUCAUCCGUCCGCGAAAAUAGUCCAUUUUGCUCCUAGGGCUCUAGCACCGAUUCCAUCGAGCUCCGCGCCGUCUGAUUUUGACUAUCCUGUCGAUACCAUCGAAACCCUCCCUUGGCGCUCUGCCACGGAGCGAACCGUCGCAACUGCGCCACUGAGACUUGAACGGGUCCAUGGGUUGACAGUAUUCCUGAAAUGUGGAAAUGUGGUCCAGGCGAUUUUGAAAAACUCCCAGUGCUGGUGUGUGGAUGGGGUUUCGAAAUUUGUCCUGCGCAUCCGCCCUCUUACCUAUUAUCGCAUCGAAAUACCCAAUGAACCCGAGGAGAAUAAAGAGCUCGUGGAGGAUCUAAAAUCCGCGCUGCCUACGGUUCUUCGAUAUGAAGUCACGCCAUGUCCUUUCAAGCGAGCGUUCACCGUCGAGCUCCCUGAGGAAGCUACGGCGCCUCGGCGCAAGAAGGCCUGGCGACCAAAGGGCCGAAAAGAGGGCGUAGCUGCAUCUGCACGGGGCGAUCAGAGUUUACUUGAGCCAAAAUCGGAUUGGCCCGAUUCUGUCAGUACUGGUGAUGAGACUGAUGGAGCGGCCACUGAUGAUAGUGCUGUAACCCCUGAACGAUCCGAUAAGGCUCCCUUGGAAAACUUGCCAGUCAAUGAUCUACCACCCUCGCCCAAUACAUCAGAAUCUUUCUCUCAUCUGAUGCCAAUCAGACGUUCAGUUACUGAAACACCGCAGACCUUUACGAGCAUUCGCGCAAAGUUUGAUAUUGCUCCAGUUCCUGAAGAACAAUCUGCCACGGAGUCUGCGCCUGGAUCUGAAUUUCCAAUCAUGAUAACUACGCCAGCUGACACUGUGCCGAAAUACAGCGAUUCCAGUGAUGUUAUCAUCAAACAAAACGAGCCUACCAAGGUUAUUGAAAAUGAGACGACUGCGAUCGUUACCAAACAAAUACAAUCUAUCGAGGCGAAUGAAAAUGAGCCCGCUGUGAUUAUCACAGACCAAGACAAAACUACCAAGGCCAAGGACGAUGAACCCACAACAGAGGUCAUUGCCAGUGCCGAAACAAACAAGGCCAAGGAUGAUGCACCGACAACAGAGGUCAUUACCAGCGCCAAAACUACCAAAACCAAAAACGAUGAACCCACAGAGGUCAUUAUCAAUGCCAAAACUACCAAGGCGAAUGACAAUAAGCCUACUGUGAUUAUCACAAACCAAGACAAACCUACCAUGGUUAAAGCACAUGACACAACUGCCGGAGAUGAAUCUGACGAGAUCAUCACUAAACAAGACACUGUUGAGGUUCCUUGCCAACAAUCCAAGCACGUCGAGGCUGUUCCAGAAGAUCAUGCAUCUACAAGUGGGACUCAAGAAAGAAAGCCCACAGUGGCCCCGCAAGACCAGGUUGAAACUGCUAUGGCCGUCAAUGAACAAGAUACUCUUCCCAAGGCCAAUGGUGGAUUUCAUGAACCUAGGCCGGACCAGAAAAAUCGUGGUCCUGCUAGCAUGAGCCGCGAAAUUACAGACGUUGCUGAAGCCAAUGAGCAUCCAAACAUACAGACCAAUAUCCUACCAGGAAUGAUUCCAUAUGAUCAGAUAACAGAAGUGGAGCAUCUUAAACCUGCACUAGCCGUUGCUGGAUCCAAUAUUUCGGUUUCGAAAUCCAAAGACGAGCCACUUGAGCUCAUUGACUCCUUCAAAAGUCAAGACGCAUCGACUGAGGUCAAUCCAAACACGGUCUAUUCCGAUGCUUGGCACUUAGUUGAGGGGGAAUUCACCCAAGUCACUGAGCAACGAGCUCAAUCAAAGCCUGACGUCAGCCCUGGUGACUCUUCAUCUUCCACACCGGAAUCCUUCCAUUCUGCAAAUCUCAACUCUUCGGUUCCUUCAGGCCCGAUCCACACAGCCUCUAUGGAUGCCACUGGCAAUGUCGAGAAAUACGCGGCAGUCUAUGACAAGAAUACCUUGCUGUCUCCACGAGCAAGCUCGGUUUCAUCAUCCGACGUGGUCAGCAGUGCCUCAUCAUCAAUUUACAACAAUACAUCCGAUAGGCCCUCGACAACGAACAAAUAUUCAUUGUCCAAGCAUCAAAUGGCCCGGGAGGAUCUACCAAAGCCUUCGUUAAGCACUUCUCCCACGGAUCGCAAUCACAUGAGUACCGAAUUCCGUCGCCGAGCACAGGCAACUAGAUCGCGCGAUGUCUCUCCAAUGCCACCUGCUUCUGCCAUCUAUCAGCCUACCCCAGGCGAGGAAGCUGCUGCCCUCAUUUCAAAGGCUUUAGCUCUGGUUUUGGUUCCACCGAUUCAUCUUUUCAUUGUUCUGCUUCACAUCGCUGCGCGAAUUGUCAUCAGCCCUGCCGCCAGGCCCACUAUCACUGCUGCUCGGUCCAAGCCGCAGUCCUCUGUCAGAUCCCCUCCUACCGAAGACGACUUCAGCUUCCCUCUUCAGCCGGAAUCCUCUGAUGAAUACGAGGAUGCACAAAUGACCAAGAAGCUGGAUCCAUGGGAUCUGGACUAG